AUGUUCCGAGCACAAACGAAUGCUUUCGACGACGCCGUCGUCAAAGCGACGGACGAGAACCUGACGAGCGAGAACUGGGAGUACAUCCUCGAUGUGUGCGACCGGGUGGGCUCUACCGACAACGGAGCGAAGGAGGUAGUCGGCGCGCUGAUCAAGCGGCUCGCGCACCGCAACGCCAACGUGCAGCUGUACAGCCUGGAGCUCGCGAACGCGCUGUCGCAGAACUGCGGGCUCAACCUGCACAAGGAGCUCGCGUCGCGGAGCUUCACCGACGCCCUGCUGCGCCUCGCCAACGACCGGAACACCCACCAGCAGGUCAAGGCGAAGAUCCUCGAGCGCAUGGCCGAGUGGUCCGACAUGUUUGCCAGCGACCCGGACCUCGGCAUCAUGCAGGGUGCGUACACGAAGCUCAAGAGCCAGAACCCGAAUCUCAGGGCCCCGUCGAAGCCGCAGAAGACGCAGAUCACGGACCUCGAUCGCCAGAAGGAGGAGGAGGAGCUGCAGAUGGCGUUGAAGAUGUCGAUACAGGAGAGCAAGGGAGCGUCGCCGACGGCUGCCAGGUCGAAUGCGCCGAACGAGUCGUCGGGUUCGCAGCCUUCGCAGUCCCAGUCCGAGCAGGCUGCGCCGCCGGCGCCUAUGCCUUCGGGGACGACGGCCGCCACGGUGUCGAGGGUCCGCGCGCUGUUCGAUUUCCAGCCCUCCGAGCCGGGGGAGCUGCAGUUCAGGAAGGGCGACGUCAUCGCGGUGCUGGAAUCGGUGUAUAAGGACUGGUGGAAGGGUUCGCUGCGCGGUCAGACGGGUAUCUUCCCGCUGAACUACGUCGAGAAGCUGCAGGACCCGACGCGGGAGGAGUUGGAGCGGGAGGCACACAUGGAGGCGGAGGUCUUCGCGCAGAUCCGUAACGUCGAGAAGUUGCUGGCUCUGCUGAGUACGAGCUCCCAGGGCGGAGGUGAUGCGCGGGACAACGAGGAGAUCACGGAGUUGUAUCACUCCACGCUGGCGAUUCGACCUAAGCUCAUCCAGCUGAUUGGGAAGUACUCGCAGAAGAAGGAUGACUUCACAUCACUGAACGAGAAAUUCAUCAAGGCCCGCCGGGACUACGAAUCAAUGCUUGAAGCUUCGAUGUCUCAACCCCAGCAGCAGCCUCCUUACGGCCGUCCAUAUGCAGCAUACAACGCACCACCGCCGCAGCAGCAGCAUCAACCAGAUAACUCACGGUACAACCACUACGCUCCCCCCUCCGGACAUCAAGAGCAACCUCCAUACCCGCCCGCAGGCACGAACCCAGCCUUCUUCAUGGUACCCCCAUCACAACAAGCCCAGCAACCUCCACCGCAACAGCAACAGCAACAACAACAACAACCCCGACCCCAGCAGCAAAGCCCGCUCCCCUCCCAACCACCACACAUCCACGACCCGUACUCCGUCCCUCCCCCCCAGCAACAACAACAUCAACAACAUCAACCACAACAAGCACCCCCACAACAACAACGACCCCAAAGCUUCGCACCCCAGGAACUCGCAACCGCACACUACGACUCCCCCAUCGACAACCCAAACCCCUCCCGCCACUCCUACGCCGGCCCCUCACAACACCAACAACAGCCAGACUACGCUUCCCUCCCCUCCCAACAACAACCGUACGCACACACGCAAAGCCCCCCUCCGCCCUCAGACCCCUCGGCCCCGUAUAAUACAGGCGGAGGCAUGCCAAUGGCACCAGGCUACGCGCCGCCGCCCGUCCCGCAGGCGGGGUACCAGGUCCCGAAUGUUGCGCCGGGGAGUCCGCAGCCGCAGCAGCAGGGGGGUGCGUAUUUACCGUAUAGGCCUGGCGGGGGAGGUGGAGGAGGCGGUGCCGGUGGUGGUGGUGGGGAUGAGGGGUUUUAUCGGUAG